UUGCUCUCGCGUCUUCAUGUGAACUCUUUGCUUCGGAGUUUUGUUGCGUUUCUUUUCUGUUUUUAUUGAAACUAUUUACCGGAUUGUCUAAAGAGACCCUGUCAUUCAUCUGAAGAACAGCAGACCUUUUUCAAUUAACAGAAGCUAUCAUAUAUACGACAAACUUUCAAAAAUGAUGACGACCAGAGAGCGAUGGCGAGUUUACAAGCGCAUCUGCCUGAUGUUCUUCCUGGCCGUGGUCACGCUCACCGUGGUCCAGAGAGGGAACCUCACCUCGCUGCAGGACCUCCAGGCGGACCACAUCGCGAGGCAGACGCGCAUGGAGCUCAUGGCGGACAGUGAGCUGCAGAGAAACGCCUCGGUUGCUGUCAAAUUCUGGAAGAGCGAGGAACGGCUCGGGUUGAGCACCAACGGUCCGAGCACAACCAAAAAGCAGAGGCCCACCACAUGGGACGUCACCUCCUCCAACUGCAGCAUCAACCUCAACUUCUCCUCAGAGGACUGGUUCACGGGUCUCGAAGCCAACUUCAAGGAGUUCCUGGUCUACAGGCACUGCCGCUACUUCCCGAUCCUCAUGAACCACCCGGAGAAGUGUGCCGGAGACGUGGACCUGCUCAUGGUCAUCAAGUCGGUCAUAACGCAGCACGACCGGCGGGAGGUGAUUCGGCAAACUUGGGGCAAAGAACAAGUGAUCAACGGAAAGCGAAUCAAGACCAUUUUCCUUCUCGGAACGUCUUCCAACAUUGAAGAACGGGCAAAUCAUCAGAAGCUCCUGGAAUACGAGGAUUACAUUUACGGAGACAUCCUGCAAUGGGACUUCAUGGAUAGCUUCUUCAACCUGACCCUCAAGGAGAUCCACUUCUUGAAAUGGUUCUCCACGUACUGUGGAAAAACCCAAUACAUCUUUAAAGGAGACGACGACGUGUUUGUCAGCGUUCCCAACAUCUUGGAGUAUCUGGAAGUCAGCAAAGACUUGAAGGACCUCUUUGUCGGAGACGUUCUCUUCAAAGCCAAGCCUAUUCGCAAGAAGCAGAACAAGUACUACAUCCCGCAGGCCUUGUAUAACAAGACGCUGUACCCGCCGUACGCCGGCGGAGGGGGUUUCCUGAUGGACGGUCCUUUGGCACGGAAACUCUACGAAGCUUGCGAGACUCUGGAGCUUUAUCCCAUCGACGACGUGUUCCUGGGAAUGUGCCUGGAGGUGCUUCAGGUGACUCCGGUAAAACACGACGCCUUCAAAACGUUCGGGCUCGUGAAGAACAAAACCAGUCGGCUGAACAGGGAGCCGUGCUUCUUUAAGAGCAUGAUAGUGGUACAUAAGUUGCUCCCGCCGGAUCUAAUAAACAUGUGGAAACUGGUCAACAGUGACUUGAUCUGUUCGCAGAAAUCGGAGUUCCUAUAGUCUGAGACUUUGCUGUCGUUUCUGAAUCCGAAGGAUCUUCAUUCGCCAUUGGAGGAAAGGAAAUGAAGGAUCUGCGGAGAGAGAACUUUGAGGCGACUCGAAGAUAAAGUACUCCUUUUUUGAGGAGAUUUCUGGACAAUUUUUUUAAUUUAUGUACCAAAUGACAUAGUAUGUAAUGUGGAUAGUGUAAAUAAUGUGAGAGGUCUUUUUUUCUUUUUUUUUUUUGGUAACCUAGUUUUUUUGGGGAAUCUUUAAGGCCCGUACACACCGGGAUGAAUAUCAGCGCGUUUUUUCAACGUGUUUUUUGUGUUCACACACAGCGAUUUUCACUAAAGAUGGGCCGAGUGAACAUGCCAAUUCAUUCCCUGACAUUAGAUGGCGCCGAUUUCCUCUGUAAUACCACUCCAUAUCAAUUUCUUUUAUCAAGAUGUUUGUAGUCGCUGUCGCGUUUGUCAUAUAGUUCUUUAUGUUCCAACACCAACGAGACCAGC